UCUGAGACUGAUUAUUGAUUACUCAACCAGUAGAACUGACAGUACUCGGCACUCACUAAACUUGGUAGGGUCAAGACUAGUUUCAAGACUCUUUGAGAAGUCAUUUUAGAAAAUAAACCAAUCAGCAGGAUUUAGUGUGUGCAGGCUUAUUUUCUUUGUCUAAAGUAGACAAAAUAUCUAAAUAUUGUGUUACAUUGCAUACAUUGAAUGACCAUCAGUAUGGCUAAAGAAUCAAAAAAGACAAAGAGCAUACUUUUGAAUGCAGAGGAGCUCCAGGCAAUGAUAACAAGUAAACAGCAAGCGGGAGACAUGGAUGACUUUGAGCUGGACGACGAUGAUGAUGAUGAAGAUGAUGAUGGAGAGGAUUUCAAUGAUGAGGACUGUUACGAUGUCGAUAAUACAGAGCUAAAUGAGUUGGAACUUAAAGAUCUAAAUGAAGAAACUCUGUCCUUCCUUAACGCUGUUAUAUACAAACGUGAGAGUGGUGAUAAAAAUUUGGAUCCCUCCCCAAAACAGAAAGAAGAGAACAGAAACAAUUCAUUAAUCCCUUCAGGAGCUGAGGCUAAGACAGAAGAUUUUGAGAUUGACAGUGAUGAAGAAAAAAGUAUGCUUAAAGAAAUAAGAGAUGAAAUCAAUAACAAGGUCAGAGUUGAAAUGAAAUCGGAACUGGAGGAAUUUAGAGACCGGAUGAAAGCGAUGGAAUCAGGCCAGUAUUUGAAACAAGUGGAUGCGACAAAAGAAUCUGAAGACAUUCUGGAAACUGAUGAGAGUAGAGACCCAAGACUUAAGGAGGCCAUCAUUAAAAUGAAUAAGCUUGAUGCUCUUUUAAAGAAGAAGAUAAAGAGAGAGAAAGAAGUUAAAAGAGAUAGGAUUAUGUUUGAGAGAAGGAUGCGUCAAGAGAUAGCUGAAUUAGAAAAAGAAGGAUCCAACUAUGGUGAAAUUAAAGUAAACACAGACAAGUUUUUGUCACUUGAAUUACCUCCCUCUCAUUCUGAAGGUAUUAUUGUUGAUGAGGAGGACAGUGACAUCCCACCUGUAUUUCAAACUCAGAUUGAUGACAGCCAUGUUGCUAAAAGCAAAGAGAAAAAGCAAACAACAUCAAAGGCCACAUUAGGUGAAAGUGCCGGAGAUGAGUCUAGAUCAACAUCUGUCAACUCUGACAUGGGAAAAAGUUCAAGUUCAAGGAUGCAUAACUCAAGGCUAGGACAGAGAGGAUCCAAAACAAAAGAUUUCAUCAAAAGAAAUAAAGAGUUGGCCGCCAAUGCAGGUCAUGUGAUAGCAUUGACUGAUGAUGAGAAGAAAAGACUGGAAGAGCUGCUGCUUGGGGUGGAUGAAAUGCCUGAGUUAGAGAAUGCUGCUGGCAGUGCUGAAUUAGAUGUGAACCAGUUCCAGCUGUCUGUUCAUCCCGGGGAAGGAUUUUGUCCCGAUGCCAUGGAGAAGACAUGCCUGUCCAGUAUCCAUGAGCGGUUGAGAGAAAUCAUUCCCGAAGAGGAUUACAAAGCAAUCAUGAACUCUAGCAAAACCUCGGACUCCAGCCCACCACAAGCUUUGUUCACCCGUGUGGGCUUGAAUUCUGCUGGCCAGAUACCCGAACAUUUUGGUGAGCGAAUUUUAUUUGAGACCAAAGAGGAGCGGGAGCUCAAUGCCAGGUUGCAAUCAAUAGAGAAAGAACUAGAAAAAUAUAAAGGUCCUCAAGACACUGAGGAUGACGAAGAGCGCCACCUGACAGACGAGCAGCUGGACAGGCUUCUGGACGAGUGUUGCAGGAACAUGUCUAGAACUUCUUUUCUGGAAUCUCCAGACGUAACUCCCAGGGCCCAGCUGUCAUCUCGGCAAUUAGUUAUGGAAAAUCCACCCAGACUAUCAGAGGAACAGUUGCAGCAGCUCCUGUCAGAGGCUCAUUUCCCUCUUAGUUCAACCCUGCUAGCACUGAGAGAAGAUGAUGAAAAACUUCUAGAAGAAACUGGUAUUGAGGAAUCCAUCAGGGCUGAGACAUGGAAGGCUAUAAAAGAUGCCAAGAUCGGGGAGGAGGAUGCUGAACUGACAGAUCUCCCCACCAGCGAAGACGCCAGCAGCAUAUUCAACACUCUAGAAGAUUCAACAUACAAAGACGUCGCCAGCCCCCCGGGCAACAAAAACAUGUCCGCGAACAACGCCUCCGGAAUCGACCAAUCCUACAGUCCAGGUCUUUUUGAGAAUGACAGUUUGCAUAGUUCUAUUGACUUUGCCUCCAGCCCUAUUCUCUCCUCCACCGAACAGCAAAACAAAAUUUUAAAGAAAUCAAGAUCUGCUAGUCAUGAUAAAAACCAUUUUGAAAUUUUUCCAAAAAUUUCUAAACCAUGGGUCGAUUCUUUUGAUGAGCAUUCCAGGGACGGGGAGUUAUCUCCCAUGCUAGUAGACACCAGUGAAGCGGCUGCCUCUGUGAGGCUCCCUCACCUUUCAAGCAGUUCUUUUCUCAUUCACGCUCAGCAAGGAUUAAAUAAUGAAGAAACUGGUGAUUACCUCCCAUCUAGGCAACCUUUACAGAUUGUGCGCAAUAACUUGACCAAAUAUGGUGGAACAAGCAUUACGGAAGAACAAAAAGGGGAGAGCAUUCAGCGUUCUUCCAGCAGUUUAACGUUACAGUCUUGUAAGUCCUUCAGCUUCUCUGAUGAGUCACAGAGUUGUUCCAGGAGCUCCACCCCUAGUCAUAAGUCCUCCAAGGAAAUUUCUAUCAACCUCAUCCCCAAACCUCCAUCAAGAGCCAACACACCCAAAUCUUAACCAUUUCAUUUUUCAAUUUUAAAAAGGCUUGAAGAAAAUAUAAAUUUUUUAUUAGGAUACUUUGUACUUUUUACCCAUUAAGCAACUAUGUUCUAACAUACUUGUGGUUAAACACUCAACUGUUUUUUCCCCGCUUAACAUGUCUAUGGCUGGUAUGUUUUUGGCAGGUAGUUUUUCCUAUAAAGCUGUACCAUUAUUUAUGCUGAUAUAAUAAGGAAAUAUAUCACUUUCAUUAUUUAUUCUAUGUAGAUAUACAUAGUUGUGUCUGUCUUUAACAAAGUUUUAAAACUUUCCAAAACUGGUGCUACACAGAACUGUCAUGUUGUGCUCAUCUAUACUAAACAGGGGUCAUCCAUAAAUGACAUCAGGCUUUUUUCCCUCCCCCUUGUCACAAAAAAUACAUUUUAAAAUUGUAUUCAGUAAUAGUUUAAAAAUUGUAUACCAAUGACACUACAAUUUAAUCUGUUUUUAAACUGAAAUGUAACUUGUCUUCUGAGAACUAUUUCAAGUGACAAGUAGCCUACCUUUUUAAAUGGAUUGACUGCCCAUCUUUAUAAUUUCUUUUUAAACAGAGUACCUAGCAGUAUUAUGUUUUAUAAUGCCUGUACUGGUUAAAAUAUUGGUAGUUAUUCCUUUUGUACAAAAAACUUGUGCUAUGAAAACCUAACCUGUAUCACUUAAAAAAGUUUGU